GACGGAAAUUAGUUUGAGGAAAGGAGUCGUCUUAAGAACAAGUAAACGGUAUAAUUUCAACGAGUCUGUGAUAGAAAAUUAAAUAGAUAGAAAAAAAAGAAGAAAUUGUUAAAUCCUUAAAAUUCAUAAAUUAACUAAAAAAGACAAACUUCCUAAAUGGAAAGCACCAAGCUUUGCCAAUAACUACACGUUAUUUUCGUCGAAUAUUGAUAAUUUUCAGAAUAAAAACCUAUGGAAAAAAUCAGUAUCAAAGCUUUUUUUUCUCUAGAUACACCAUGAUUGAACAAAAAGGAUUUGUCAAAACCAAAUUAAAAACGUCGCUCAACUGAUACUUAAUUUGCUGUUGAGUGAUUUUAAUGUUGAGUUAUAUGUUAAAUCUAAAGAAAACUACAAUUCAGUGCAUAGAAAUAAAUGUGAAUAAUUUAAAGAAAAACCUUUAUUAAAGGCGUACCAACCCCCAUUCGGAUCGAACUAAUUUAAAUAGAAAAAGAAAUAAACUACAUCAUAAGUAGUUAUUUUCCAAACAGUCAAACGGGAGUGCUUUCGUUCAAUACAGAAAAGGAUUGCUAACGCGCAUUCCAUUGAGUUCAAGGUGAUAAGCUACUAACAAAAAGUCAAUGAGUUUUCAAAAGAAAAAAGCAAUGUUAAGAUAAUAAUAACACGCAAAAAAUCCUAAACAAUUGUGAGCUGAUUUGGACUUACGAAAUAAAUGAACUCUGAUAUAAAACUCAAGUCAAGUGUGAGGCAAUGCGCUUAGGGGGUGCCCACGGUGGCGGAGACCCCCUAACGAUGAGCGCAGCUGGAAACGACUAUGCUGAAUUAUGUGACUUAGGCCCUUCACGUUGGAGUUCUAGAGGAUACCAUCCCUCACAUAGCUCAUCACUACAUGCGUCAGGUGUUGGCCAUUCUACAUCCAUAUUACCACCAAACUUGGGACUGCAUUCGAGUCAUCACCGUUCGAAUAGUUUUGAGGCAGAAGACAUAGGCGGCAUUCCAGUUGCCAAUACCAUUCCCCACAAUGGCCCCUACGGUAUAAGUGCUAAUAGAAUUGCUAAUAGUACCAGUUCUUUGCGAGGUGGCCGAUCGGGUCUUUACUAUUCACCACCCGGAACAUCAUACACAAUAGUUGAGCGGCCACAUUCACCACAUUAUUAUUAUAACACCGCUGGUGUUCCUUCGAAGGGAGGUUCUUUACCUGGACGCGGAUCUUCAUACUUACAAUCUUCAUCCUCCAGCCACAUACCAGCUUCGCUAGGCAUUUCUGGUUCAGGCACAGUUCCAAAUUCCACUCGUCAUAACGGAAAGAAGCGUCCAAUUUCUCCAGAACAGGUGUUGCGAAUGUUCGGAGCAACAACCUCAUCUUCAGUUCCUACAAGUUAUCAUUAUAGUAAUGGCACAAGGGAUAGAAGUGGGCGCAGGAGCCCGGCCAGUAGUCCGCCGUCAACAACCCAUCAGGUGUACCGAGAUCGAGAUAGGGACCGUAGCAUACAAAAUAUUCAGGAGCUUUCCACGAGAACUGUUACAAUGUCUAGAGACCAGCAAUCAGAUAGUAGUCAUGGCUUUGGUAUAUGCGUUAAGGGUGGAAAAGACUCAGGUCUUGGCGUUUAUAUCUCUAGAAUAGAAGAAAACUCUGUUGCCGAAAGAGCGGGCUUACGUCCAGGUGAUACUAUCCUAGAGGUGAAUGGAACGCCUUUCACUUCAAUCAGUCACGACGAAGCCCUUAAAAGAUGUGUGCAGAUAUUGAAAUCGUCACGCCAAAUCAGCAUGACAGUUCGAGCACCACCUGCACUUAACUCAGCUGCACCACUCCACGGCUUUGGACCACCUUCACGUGAUCCAACGUACGCUUCAACAGCUCCUUUGCUGCAGCAGUCACAAUCAUCAUCAGUAGUACAACAGCCACCACCGUUUUCCGGAUCUCUAGGUGGUCCUGGUUCUCCACCAUUUCGACAAACAUGUUCCUGGAUGGAUAGACAAGGACGACCCGCUUCUCCACCCAUGGAGUACGGAGGACGUCGAAGUGAUCGCAGAGAUAGAAUUCGACGGGUGGAAUUACUAAUUGAACCGGGGCAGUCAUUGGGACUCAUGAUAAGGGGUGGUGUGGAAUACGGUCUUGGUAUAUUUAUCACUGGAGUCGAUAAAGAAAGCGUCGCUGACCGUUCCGGGCUUAUGGUUGGGGACGAAAUUUUGGAAGUAAACGGGCAAUCGUUUCUAGAUGUUACUCACGAUGAAGCUGUCAGCCAACUUAAGUACCAUAAAAGAAUGUCAUUAGUGAUACGUGACGUUGGUAAAGUUCCACACUCAUGUACAUCGAUAGAGUUAGAGCCUUGGGACGCCUAUAGUCCAACUGGGACAAGAGCUCGAAGAAAAGGACAGAUUUCUGUAAUGGUGGAGGAAAAAGCACGCUCGCUACUGCCUAGACAUCAGUUUGCAAGUCUGUCGUACUAUAUAAGCGAAUAUGGUGCGCGAGCAAUGACCAUAGAUGCCUUUGUUGCCGUCUUAUUAGAAAUGCUAGACACAUAUGAAAAACACUCUUUAGUUACGGAAAUUCGUGAGCUGGUGUUUCCUGAAGACCGCAUUAGAUACGAUGAACUUGUAUACAGAAGGGAACGCGAUCCUUACACCGUUGAGAGACAUAGGCGAAAAGGAGAUCCAAUGCGCGAUUUGCCGGUAACUGACGUGGAUUUGGAAAUAAUAGCAGCAACCGGGCGAAGUCCAUCAUCGGACUCGGGUCUCGGAAUGACGGUUUCGGACAUUAAGCAUCGACCCGCAUAUCCACUGCCAUAUCGACCGUUAUCAGCAGGACCCAUUCUACACCGCUCACAUUAUCACCAUCAUUCAUCACUGCGCCAUUUGGGAGGAUCACAGUUGCGAUUGACACCCACUAAAUCAAUCGGGACUAACACGCCGACUAAGAAUGUUCGAGGACAGAUUAAAAAUAGUUGCGACGAGAACAAUGAUAAGGAAUACAACUGUGAUGAAGCUCGAUCGAGGAGAGGCAGUGAAACGCAAUUACCACGCUCGGAAUAUGAGCAAGAUGCGGGUGGCUACUUAGACGGACUUCGUUCGCAUUUGGGUGGCUUAACGCAACGUGUCAAGUCGUGGUAUUGGGGACGGCCUCUUGAGUUGGCAACUAAACUCUCUAGAAGUUUUGAUAUGAAGGAGGAGGGAGGCGCGUUACUUGGCGAGAAGGGAGUUCGAAGGCAUCAGUCCAUGCAACGUCUAUCAACUGAACAAAACGGCUCCACGACAGACCAACCCCGUGAACACAAUCCCAACGUCGUACCUGAUCAUAGAGGCAACUUACAUAUUACUGUUAAGAAAACUAAACCAAUUUUAGGUAUUGCGAUCGAAGGUGGUGCUAAUACAAAACAUCCAUUACCAAGAAUAAUAAAUAUUCACGAACAUGGUGCUGCUUUUGAUGCGGGAGGCUUAGAAGUGGGACAACUUAUACUCGAAGUCGAUGGAAACAAAGUUGAAGGCCUGCAUCAUCAAGAAGUGGCCCGUCUUAUAGCUGAAUGCUUUGCAAACCGGGAAAAGGCUGAUAUUACAUUUUUAGUUGUGGAAGCGAAAAAAUCAAACCUAGAGCCUAAGCCAACAGCCCUUAUAUUUCUAGAAGCUUAACAUUUGCUUGCUUUGCCAGCCAGUGAUCCAGCGAUAACGCGCGAGCAGUAUCAAGAAUGCAAACAUGGAAUCGACUUAACGAAAGCUGCUGAACCUAGUUAAUUAAUUUACCAAUAUAAAACAUUCCAAAAUAAAAUUGUGUAUAUAAUUAUAUUCUUUUGUUUAAUUCGAACCUAUAGUUAAUUUCGUUGGUACGAGUAUAAGUUAUGUUUAAACAUUUCAAUUAAUAUUCAAAUUAAAUUUUCUAACAGUCUCGGAAUUGAACCCACAUUGUCAAAAACAAAUAAAUCAAUCAUUCACUCAAAUGCACUUCGUACAAUUCCUUAUUGUUAUUACAAUAGACGAUUUUUUAACUUAAAACGACCUAUUGAAAUACUCUUAUAUCCUUAACAGCUUUUCUUUAUCACCCUUUCUCUCACAACAAGCUCUGAGGAAUGGUUAGGAGUUACAAAUAACUACACUUUGGUUUCUUAGGCCUGUACAAAAUUGCACAUUAUUUUAUGAUAUUGAGUAUGUCAAAAGGCUGGAAUUUUCUUUUCUUGCACUUGUAAACAACUUAAAUUUCUCAACAAUUUAAUUAGUUUUUUUGAAUAGAAAGAAGAAAUAAAGUGAUUUUUCUAGAAUUUUGGCAAAUUUAAAAUUUUUCUUUCAAUAAUAAUCUCCAGUGUAACUUUUCAGUUUCUCACUUUCGUGGAAACUAUGGCCUUGGUCUCUAUUGAAAGUAAUUACGCACCAGACAAAACAAAAAUAUCAAAACAUGCAUAUUUGCUUUAAAUCAUAAAUAUAGGAAAAUUAAAAAGAACCCUUCAUAUCAUUUGGGACCAAUUAAUUAUCAUAUAUAGUGCAGGGCGUAUUUUGUAGAAAUUUCAUUAUGUGUUCAACUAAAUUCUGAAUGCAAAUUUUCUCCUAACUGCAAAAGUAUCAAACAAAUAGGGCUCAUAAAUAAACUACCUAUAAUAUUUAUACAACCCAUUAUCCACAAAAUUUAUUUGUUUUAUGACUGAUCAAAUCAUUAACCGAUCGCUUUGCAGAAAAAUAAUAGUUAAAUAGAAAUAUGCAAAAACGCUUGAUUACUGAUAUAAAUGUAGGUGUUUUAAACAAGCAAAAAGAUCAAGGCCAAAAAAGGGGCUAUUCCGAUAUCCGAUAAGACUUAAAUUGUUUAAGAGUUAAUUUUAUUAUGUUUCAUUAUUAACUUAACUUUUUCAAAAUAAAUUUGUUAAUUUGUUGUUUCCUAUACUCGGAUUAAGUCGACAAGACUAAAAUAAACAAUUCAAAAAACGUGGUUAUAAAAAAUACAAAAAAAAUAUGAUUAAUGAACAUUCAUAACGCCAAUACUUUUAAAUUAUUGAUAACUAACGCAAUACACAUUAUAAUAUUACUAUGUAUAUUUAAACAAUGGAAAUACUUUAUACCUUUAAUAUGUAAACCAUGUUUUUAAAGCGAUAUUAGAAAACCAUAUAUGUUAUGUAUAUGAGUGAAAACAGAAAAUAAAUAAUGUAGAAAUUAUUAUUUAAUACGGACGAAGGCAGUUGUACAAAUUUGAAAGAGGACUUGCACGGUUAUUUAUUUAUUUUUUAAUUUCUUUGUUAAAUAUUAUCCACUAGAUAAAAAAAAAUCAAAUAAAAACCCACCUAUUUUUGAGACUUAUUUCAAAUUUAGAUUGAAUUUAGUAAGGAAAACGAUAAAAUUUAAAAAUAAAGUAAAAUAUAAAUAAAUAAUGCAUACAAAUACCUGCUAUGUAGAAUUCCUUUUGAAUCGACCCCCAACUAAAUUGCAAAAAAGAACUUUUAAAAAAAGGUAAAUUAAUGAUAGCUAGGCUGGUUUACAGCUGACAGGGCAUAAUAUUAACCAUGCAACAAUUUUUAUUUCUAUAUAAUUAAAAAGUUAAAUUACAAAAAAAACACGCUAAUUUUAUAAUUUUUAUUUUGAUUAUAAUUUAGAGAAUACAGAAAGAAGCAAGUGUAAACAAAUGCAAAACAAAACUGGCAAACAUACAGAUAUGCAUAUUUUAGAUCACACAUAAAGUUAAUUACAUUAUAAAAAUAA